ACCCGCUACAGAGAGGAUGUGAAAGUCAGGACGAAGCUUCUGAAGACCUCAAGCUGAUUUUGAUGGAGUUUGGCGGCGAUGUCCGUCAAACAAACUCGAUCACUGUUCGAUUUACUGUUAACCGGAUAACGGAGCGGUUCGCACCGGCUUCACUUCAUUAUUUACUUCUGCAGGAAAAGAGUUGGGACGCCGAGCGCACGCGCCCUCUCUGACGGAGACGCAAACUCUUGUGGAGAAAAAAAGUUUAAAGAAGGAGGAAGCAAGAUGUCGCUGAGCAGAAGUAUCGAGUUCGAACACUUUGAGGAACGGGAGAAGCCGCAGCGCGCACCGAGGGCCUCUCCGGGCUCCAGGGGAAGCGGCGCGGCGCACGGCCGGGCGCACAGUGCGCACGGCGUGCCCAGCCCGGCGCACAGCGCGCACUGCGCCUUCUACCGUACACGCACUCUGCAGUCCCUCACCUCAGAGAAAAAAGCCAGGAAAGUGCGCUUUUAUCGUAACGGGGACCGAUACUUUAAAGGUUUGGUGUACGCCGUGUCCAACGACCGCUUCAGGUCCCUGGACGCACUGCUGCUGGAGCUCACCAGGUCUCUGUCGGACAAUGUCAACCUCCCGCAGGGCGUGCGCACGCUGUACACGCUGGACGGAGGCAGGAAGGUCACCAGCCUGGAUGAGAUAGUGGAGGGUGAGAGUUACGUUUGUGCCUCCAAUGAACCCUUCCGGCGAGUGGACUACACCAAGAACAUCAACCCCAACUGGUCAGUGGGCGGUAAGACCGUGUCUUGCUCGCUGUCUUCGCUCAUCCCGCUGAAGAGUGAACUUCACCGCGAGUCCAAGGACUUCAUCAAACCAAAGCUUGUCACCAUCAUUCGCGGCGGAGUCAAACCCCGCAAGGCAGUACGGAUACUGCUCAACAAGAAGACGGCACAUUCCUUUGAGCAGGUGCUCAGUGACAUCACGGAUGCGGUUAAACUGGACUCCGGUGCUGUGAGGAGACUGUACACAUUGGAAGGCAAACAGAUUACCUGCCUGCAGGACUUCUUUGGAGAGGACGACGUGUUUGUAGCGUGCGGCCCUGAGAAGUACCGCUAUAUUCAGGACGACUUUGUGUUGGAUCACAGUGGUAAGGCUUCCACAGCCUUUCUGACUGAAUGCAGAGUGCUGAAGUCAUCGUACAGCCGAUCGGCAACUCCAAACCGGACGACAAAGAGCCCUGUACCUUCAAGACGCAGCAAAUCCCGUGGUUCAGUUAGGCGAACUGUCCACUACUCCUUCAGUCAGUCUCCAACUAAAUCCACAGUAAAUGGUGUUUCGAAUAGUCAGAUCUCCACCCCCAAGUCCACCAAGUCCUCCACUCCGUCUCCCACGAGCAGCUCCAGUUUUAAGAUCCCUCCAUCACGUCAUGUCUCUUCUAAUAUAAACGGCUCCAUCAACAACCUCCAGGAGCAAACCAAUGCACUGACUCCAGAGGUUAACGGCAACCGCUACCUUCCUGCCUCGGCUAUCUCAGACAAAUACAAGGUUGGAAAAGUCAUUGGUGACGGUAACUUUGCUGUGGUCAAAGAAUGUGUGGAGAGGUCCACUGGAAAAGAGUUUGCACUGAAGAUCAUCAACAAGACCAAGUGCAGUGGAAAGGAGCACCUCAUAGAGAACGAGGUCUCUGUGCUGCGGAAGGUGAAGCACCCCAACAUCAUCAUGCUGAUUGAGGAGGUGGACACGCCCACUGAGCUCUACCUGGUCAUGGAGCUGGUGAAGGGAGGGGACUUGUUCGAUGCCAUCACCUCCUCGGCUAAGUACACGGAGAGCAACGCCGGCGUCAUGGUGCAUGACCUCGCUGCAGCGCUCGGUUAUCUGCACAACAUGGACAUUGUGCACAGAGACAUUAAACCUGAAAACCUGCUGGUGUUUGAGCAUCCAGACGGCACCAAGGCCUUGAAGCUCGGGGACUUCGGCCUGGCCACAGUGGUGGGCGGACCCUUGUACACUGUAUGCGGGACACCGACGUAUGUGGCUCCGGAAAUCAUUGUUCAAUCUGGUUAUGGCCUCAAAGUGGAUAUCUGGGCUGCAGGUGUCAUCACGUACAUCCUCCUCUGUGGUUUCCCUCCAUUCAGAAGUGACAGUAAUCACCAGGAGGACUUGUUCGACCAGAUCCUGUUGGGCCAGUUGGAUUUUGCGAGUCCUUACUGGGAUGCGAUCUCUGACUCAGCCAAGGAGCUGAUUGGAAAGAUGCUGCAGGUCGACGCUGAGGCGCGUUACACAGCGCAGGACGUCCUCGCACACGCAUGGGUUACGGCAUCGUGCAGCAGACCAACGACAUGCCUGAACGAUGAUGCUGCCGUGGAGAACAACAUGAAGGUGGAGGUGACGGGCAAACUCAAGACACACUUUAACACGACGCCAAAACACAACAACACCGCGGCCAGCGUGUCGGUCAUCAUGAACACAGCUCUCGAUAAGGGGACUCUCCAGCUCACCACCCGCCAUUUUCCAGCAUCCAAAAGGUCGAGAUCUCCAUCUUUAGUUGAUACUGAAACUUCUGUCCUUCCGGUCAAACCAGAAUCAGCUUCUCACACCAGUCGGUCACCAAACAGUCUGUCGGCACCCAGUGAGCCGGUGUCGUCCCUACAGACUGCUGCUCCUCCCGACCUUCAUUCCUCCACUAACAGUGAUGUCUCUCAGUCUACCUCUGAGCCCGCCUUCUCAUCUCCUCCUGCCAACCAAGCCAGGUCCUCCUCCCCGCUUUCUCCCGUCAUACCCGUUGGGUUCUUCCCCUCCUCAUCCCCAAACAAAGAAGCAUCUUUCUCUCUGAUCCAGCCGGCACUGUUCGCGUCGCCUCCUUCUACGCCGCCCAGAUCUACAUCCCCGCCCCCCGCCGGUGCUUCACGUCCUGUUCAUGCUACAGCUGCUGAACAGCUUUGAGGUGCACCGAGAGGAUUUAAGUGACGUUUGUUUUAAAAACCCUUCAGCGUCCGCAGUGAAGUGACUGAGCUGGUCACUGCCUACGUUAUUGUCUCUCCUCCUGCUCCACACCGAUGGAAGAUACAAGGUGUUUCAAAGAUUUUGUUGACUGUAUAUAUGUUUGUAUUUAUUAACAGAAGAACCAGAGAAGGAAAUGAAUGGAAAUGCACUGUAUGGCUGAAAGUGAUAAACUAUUCAGAGUCAUCCACAUGCUACAGUGAGUUUAGGAUCACUUUCUUAAAUUUGGGUUUUGCUGUGUUUCAUUUAAAGUUUAAAGAGUGGGUCAAACUAAAAACAAAUAAACCACCUGAAGAUGUUACUUUGAGCUUGAGGACCUUG